AUGCAAAAAACACUGAGCACAAUAUCAUAUGAUAAUAAGCAGAGGUUACAUUGUCCAAAGAAUGAUCCUAUUGCAGCUAGUACCAUUUCCAGUUAUGGGAAGUGGAGUGGUGAAAAGUCUGGAAGCUCAAUGAAUAGAGCAUGUUUGGAAGAAGAGGUGUUUUCUCCAGAUCAGAUAGCAUCCUUCUCUAUCACUUUUCUAAGCCAUUUCACUGCUACCCAAUCUGAUUCUUCUAUAUUUGGCUUUCAAGAUUUUGCGGUUAUGAGAGGACUUUCUAGUGUAUUUCACGUGGAAGCCAUUGCGACUUUCAAAGCAAUGAAGCUGGCUAUUGAUAUGGGUUAUACUUACAUCAUGUUGGAGGGAGAUUCUAAAGAGAUAAUUGAAGUGUUAAAGGAGAAAAAGCCAAGUUUGGCAGAUAUUGGGAUUUGUACAUGA